AUGGCUCUGUUUCCAGCUUUUGCAGAAGUAGAGCCAAACAAAGUUGAAGAUUCGUCCAAGGAAUUAGACUGGCUGAAAAAUAAGAGUUUCCAGACUGAAGAUGCCCUCUCUCUUCACAGUCGUUUUUUUGAGAAGACGAGUGAGAGGCUGAACGAAAAGGAAUCAAGUGCACCUUAUAAUCCUCAGUGUGGGGGAUAUGUGAGCUCUGAGGUGGAGGAGGGUGAUGUUGCCACCCAAAAAGAAGAAAAGAAGAGUGAAAAGAAGAAGAAAAACAAAAAACACAAAAAGAAGAGCGGAGGAGACAUUUCGGACAGCAGCGGCAAUGAGACUGAAAUCAUUUUCCCCAGUGACCUCAAAAGGGAGCAAGAGGCAGAUACCCCGUCCCCAGGCUGCUCCGUUAGCAGUUGUUUCUCCUUGCUGGAUGACCUCAAGUCGCCCACAGAGCAGCCGUUCUGUGUGGACCGUAAAGCAGGACCAAGCAACUGGACCUACAAAGUCCCUGUACAGAGGGAAGACGUAACCAGGUAUAGGAGGCAAGGGCCAUCGUCCCCCUUGGGUCUGGACCCCCGCAAACAGGGAGUCAGCUGGGAGGUGUCAGAGUCAAAUAAGAAACAGAAAAAGCGGGGGGACAAGAAGAAAGCAGCAGACAGAUACUUCUCUACAGUCAGUCGCCAGCUGCUGAGGCCGAGCCCCCUUGUUCCUACAUUACCCACAAUACCUAAGGACGGCAAUGCCAUCAGCACCUCCUCCUUUCUCCCGCUGGGCGGCGAUGAGGAGAGGCAAAGGAGGAGGAAAGACAGAGUGCAGACAUCCUCAGUGAAUCCUCUGGGUGUGUAUGACGCCUCCACGGCCCUCUGGCUGCAGGGGAAGGGGCAGCAGCAGGGGCAGCAGGAGCAGGAGGUGCAGACCGGGCAGAAUGCAGCGCUGGCCGGGAGGACCGAAGAGUUCAACAGGCGGCUCAGAGAGCAGCCAGGAGACACGCAGCUCUGGAUACAGUUCAUACGAUACCAGGAUGAGCUGAGUGGCAGUGGUUUGGAGGAGAGGCGGAGCAGCAGGGCAGCGAAAGCGGUGGAACAUCGGAAGUCCUCCUACAGGCGCUGCUGGAAGAAAAAGCUGAGCAUCGCAGAGCGCGCUGUUACUCGACCAAACCACAGCUGCAUCGCUCUGCAGCUGGAGCUCCGGAUCUGCCAAGAGCUCUGGGAGCCCUCUGCUCUGGAAGAAUGGAAGAAGCUGGUGUUUCUCCAUCCAAACAGUGCCCCCUUGUGGAGGGAGUAUCUGCUGUUCACCCAGAGCUACUUCAGCAUCUUCUCCGUGUCGAAGGUGAACUCUGCGUACGGGAAGUGUCUAAGCACGCUCAGUGCGGUGCAUGAUGGCAGCAUGGUGUCCCCGGCCCUGCCAGGGCUCGAGGAGGAUAUGUUGGAUAUCUUCACCCAGCAGUGUCAUUUCCUGCGUCAGUCUGGUCACUCAGAGAAGGCCAUUUCUCUGUUACAGGCCAUGAUUGAUUUCACCUUCUACAAACCUGACAGUGUACGAGAACUGUCCACCAAGCAGCAGGUGGAGUUCUUUGAGCCAUUCUGGGACAGCGGGGAGGAGAGAGUUGGAGAGUUGGGGGCCCGAGGUUGGAAGGCCUGGAUGCUCCAACAGGAGAAGGGGGGUGGCUUGCAGCCCAAUGCGGAGGAAGAAGAGGAGGAGGAUGAGGAUGAGGAGGAGGUGAAGGAUCGCAGCCAGCCCAGAUGGACAGUCUGGUUGGAGGUGGAGAUGUGUCGGGAAGCAGCUCAUUGGCUGCCCUGGAGGUCGGACAAAGCCAAGGGUCAAUCAGAGGAGGACUGUGAGGACCCUGACAGACAGGUGUUGUUUGAUGACAUCGGUCCAUCACUCAUUCGCCUGUCUUCACCAGAGCUCCAGCUCCGCCUUCUCCUCCGUUUCCUGUCGUUUCUCGGGCUGCCUGUAGACCCUGUGCUCUCUGCUGCCCCCUGUCAGCCGGGCCUGCUGCUGGAGAACCUCUCUCUGCUCACUCAGGGUAACGAGCUCAGGCGUCCUCUGACCUCCUACGACCUUCCUGACCCCGGGGUCAACUCUAUUGGUCACAUGACCAUUCUUCAGGGAACAAGGAAGUGGAUGGGGCUUGGGAAGCUGGGCGAGAGGUUUCUCACUAAUGUGUUGAAGAUGGUCCAACCUGUCCUCCCUGUCCAGCAGCGAGCCGCCCUGUCACUCAGCUGGAUGCAGUAUGAGAAACUCAAGGUGUUGCGGUGCCUGCAUGGCGGCAACAAGAAGCGUCUCCGCUUUCAGGGCAAGAGCAGCAAGCGAGUCGCCAAGCAACUGCUCAAAGAACCUGACAACCGCUCGUCACUGGUGCUGUGGCGCGGCUACGCUCAUCUGGAGUGGAUGCUGGGCAACAUCGACGAGGCCCGCAAAGUCUUCUCCACGGCCACGGCCAUGGAGGGAGGCAAAGGGCUGCAGAGCCCCGCCCUCUGUGAGCUGUGUCUGCUGUGGGCGCAGCUGGAAAUGGAGGACGGGCCAACAGUGCGAGGGGGAGGACUUGUAGACCUCACUGCGUCCCCAGCUGUGUGUGUGCUAACCAGGCUAGCAGAGGGAAGCUCCGCCUCCUCCGACAGGCCCAUCUCUCCGGUCUCCAUCCUGAAAGCCAGGAAAUCGUAUGAACAGGUGCUGACAACCGGCUUGUCAGCACUCGAACAAAACUACCAGACCAACAAAAAAGCAGGUAAGGAGGACCUGCUUGGAGAGAAGCCUAGGCUGAAAGGCCUGAUGGGAUGCCACGCUCUGUUCCAGUACCUCACAACGGGCAUCAAAGCCGCUAAUGCUGUCUACAAUCAGGCUAGAGACAGGAUGGAGGAGCUGCACCAGAAGCUGACCCAGGACAAGCAGCUUAACAGCUCUGAGGAUGUCGCUAGCACCGACGCUAACCAGUCUGAUUCCAGUCUCUCCUGCAGGCAGUAUGUUAGCCGGCUAGCUUCUGAGUGUGAGGCUCUGGCAGUGCAACAGGCAGCGUUGCUUAGGUACCACAACAGCAUCAGUGUGUUUCCCCUGGCAACACUGAGGCAGACACUGACCUCCGCCCUCUCCACGUGGCCGGCCAGCGCCCCUCUCUGGGGUUUAUAUGUACAGGUGGAGAACCGUUACCAUAGUGCUGGCCGGGCGCGACGCUUCUUCCACUCUGUAACCAGGGGCAACAGCAGUGUAGUGCCACGCCUCUUUUCCAUUGUUGCGGAACAACAGAGGAAGCAGCUGGUUGACGCUGCUCAGAGGUCUUGUUGCCAUGAUGCUGCCUUACCAAUCCUGCCAGAGAAUGGGCUCAGCAACCGUAUCCGUGGACUGUUUGAAAGUGCCAUAGCAACAGAGAUGGGGUCUCACUGUCCUUUACUUUGGAGGAUGUACAUGUACUUCCUGGUUUCAGAAGGGAAGGUGGACAAAGCCACUGGGAUCUUCUACAAGGCCUUACAGAAUAUUCCCUGGGCUAAGGGCUUGUACAUGGACGCGGUGUGCAGCUGUUCCCCGAGCAUCUUGCAGGAGUUUGUAGAUCUGAUGACAGAGAAGAGCUCCGAGUUAGGACUACCUUUGGAAGAACUGGAUAUCCUGCUGGAGGACUGAACAUACACAAACACACACACAUCUCAUUCAAGAAGUCAAAUACACAGCACCGUUGAUAGCAAGAACAGGAGACACACACAACCAACCAGAUACUUACACUUACAGGUGAACAUGCUUUGUACAUAAUGGUAUAUUUUCACAUUAAGGCCACCAGAACUGUGUUUUUAGUACCGGACACUAUUAAUAAAUAUAUGAUUCUCAUU